UACAGAAACGUAGUGGUAGCCUCUAUUAGGAUGAAAUUAUUUCUGGAAAGCCUUCAAAUCAAGAUGCUGCUGUGUGUAAACAUUUUGAUACUGCUCGUCCGGGAGGUUGCUCUGUCAAGCAUCCUGACCACACCAUCAAGAGGAUGUCCAACCUGCGCAGGAAAGCCUAUGGAUUUGAACGUGGCCUCUCUGGCUCCUGGGGAGCCGUGCGGCGUCUACACUCUGCGAUGUGCCCCAGGUCUGCGGUGUGAACCUCCACAGGAUGAGCCGAAGCCCCUGCGUGCCCUGCUGGAGGGCAGAGGGGUCUGCAGCAAUGUCACCAGCACCACACCAACUCCACAGGUCUACCCUGCAGAACCGGCGCCAACUGAGGAGCCCAAUGAGGCUCCCUGUCGCAAACUUUUAAUGAAAGCCAUCAAAGGUCUUGAUGCCCAUUUAUUUAAGUCCCGUUAUGAAAUCUACAUACCCAACUGUGAUAAAAGUGGUUUCUACAAAAGGAAGCAGUGCUGGUCGUCUCUGGGGAAGCAGCGUGGAAAGUGUUGGUGUGUGGACGAGAACGGCCUCCCCGUCCCACCCAAGACUAAACAACAGGGCAACGUGAUUUGCUGAGGAACGGGAAGGACGUCACAGAUGAAGGAACAUCGGACUAAAACCUGAACUCGCCGUUUCAUACGUUACAUUUCUGUCAGAUGAAAGCACAUCUUCAUCUCCAAAGAGCUGCGUAGUGAUCAAACUUUGUCUCCUGACGCCCUCUGCUGAAUACACUCAGAUUGCGCUGAUUUGAUUCUUUCACUUUCAGCUGCAUUGCACAUUCAAUGGAGAUCGGACUGCAACUAAAAGUAAUCCAGCCAUUAUUGAGCACAGAAUGAAAGCAUUGCAUAUUUGAUGUACUAAAAACUGUGUAGCAAACCUUUAAACCUUUUAAAAACUGAUUCAGCCAAAAAACCUUAACACUUUUUAAAGCAAAUUAAAACUUCCAGAAAUCAGUGGCACAGCAUUCACAAGCUAGUAAUGAGAAAUUGCAAACUCUUUAACGACUGCAAAAGAGUAUUCAGGUUCUGUGACCUUUACAGAUUUUCAGUAUGCUCCUCCUUGCUAUCCUUCGAAACCACUCUGUUUUAAAAGUACCUGCUGCAUAUAAAACAUGUCGCCAUAUUUAUAUUACUGUAUAUACGUCUAUUUAUGUCAAAUUGUUCAUUAUGUUAGUGUUACAUAUAAAAGCAAACACUAGUACUCCUGUGAGGGAACUUAGGAACCUGAAUGUUUUUUAUUUAUAACAUCGGUGAUUUUUAAUAUUGAUUAUGAUGACUAA